GCUGAAAGUACAUUAGUUGGCAGUCGGCAUCUUUUAAGGUGACAUGGAAGUAGUGGUUAAAACCGAAAUAUGGCUUAUUUGUCAAGGGUUUGCUAAAGGUGUUCUUUCCUGCAGCCGGUCUCGGGAUAGAUAUCGAGAUAGGGAAAAUGGAAGGCAAGGCAACGACGGGGGCAGCAGAACCAGCACAGCUGAAAAUGCCAGUACUAGUUCUUCAAUGGGCGUUCCUCCAGCCAUGGUCUUCUCUGGUGGACCUCGUUCAUUUUCAGGGCAGCCACCGACGAUCCUUCAGUCCAGGGACCGUCAAGAUGACUGCGGGAGCGGUUAUGAAGAGAACUUUGAAGGCAGCAGGGAUUCAGGUGACACUAACAGUGUUGGGGAUCCCGAACUGAUGUCUGCAUUUGAUGGCCAGUCGGGUGGUGGCUUUGGGUCGGGCCAACGGCAAGGGUCUAGAGGGAGCAAGUCGAAACAAUCAAUGGAGCGAAGAGAAAGGGAGGGAAGGCGCGAGGGCAAGUGGGAGAGAAAACAUUAGAAUGUGUUAGCCUAACAAGUGCUGUAAGCUGUUUAUGGUUAACAAAGGCAACUGUUUUUGUGGCGUCUAUUCCCUUUUUGGGCCGACAAAUAGCUCUGUUGUAUUGUUCACUUCUGUUCUGUGUCAAUAUCGAUGUUGUAGCUAUUCACCAGUCGAACCAUCUCGCACUAAAUUCCCUAAGUGUGGUCGACUUAGUUUUUUCUUUCUUUCUGUUACUGAGAACAGACCCAACUGAAUUGGUGAGAUCGAAUUGUUCACUACUGACUUGUAAUGCAUGCACAGCUGAUAUGAUGGAACACGUUACAUGAACGUAUUUACGCGCUUAUUACAACCAGACCAAAUCUCUUCAACUCCUUUGGUGGUUAUACUCUUUUAACAUUUAAUUUAAUGGCUAAACAUCGCCCUAAUUUUACUAUUAUCAUCCCAAUUUAAAAUAUAAAAUUACUAAAUUAACCGUAAUAAUACACAAAAAAAGCCCUACACGCACAGUCGGGCGGCGACACAGAGGCUUUCAUCUCCUCCAACGAGGGCGGCGGCAUGGAGGCUUUCACCGACGUCCCUCCAUGCUGACCACUUAUUCUGCCGUCAUCGAACUCCUCCCUGGGCAGUGAUCCCUAGGGCUGAAAAUGGGUCCGACCCAUCCCUGACCCUGUCUGACCCUGCCCCUGAAGGGUCAAGAUGUAUAACUGACCCGCCGCGCUCCUAUUUCUUUCAUGACCCUAUCCGACCCUUUAGGAUCGGGGCGGGUCAGGAAGGGUCGAGUCAGUGGGUCGACCCUAAUAAAUACACUACUUUUCUAAAAAUUACAAGUUGGUUCCCAAUUUUAUUUUUUCUUACAUUUUAGUACCUAAAAUUUAUUUGUUACAAAUAAGUCCCAAAAAUCUGAUGGUAAAAUUGCGUUUUGGUACCCUUUUUUUUUUUUUACAAUUUUAGUACCUAAACUUUUAAAACUUUACAAAUAGUUCCAACAUGUUUGUAUGAUGCUAAGGGUCAUAGGGUCAAAAAGUGACCCGACCCUAAAUUGAUCCGACCUUACCUAACCCUGACCCGAUCUUAUGCUGACCCAACCCUAAGUUGAUUCUGUAGACAACGGGUCGGUGGGUUUUAAGGGUCAAGUUAACUACUAUAACCCCUAAUUUUACAAUUAUCGUCCUAAUUUAAAAUAUAAAAUUACUAAAUUAACCUUAAUAAUACCAACAAAAAAAAUAAUUUAAUAUAGGGCGAUUAUAGUAGUUAGAGCAACAAUUAGCAAUCCCUUAAAAUAAACUCAUCCUUUUUAUGGCUUCAAGAAUCAAGACCCUCAUCAAAAGAUGUUGACAACGUGAGUCCCAUUCGUAUGUAGCACUAGUAGACACAACUCGAUGGACUGAGGGUUCUAAUUUGGGCUGCAUAGUCAAGCAAACAAGCGAUUGACUUAGUACUAAUAUCACUAGUCUUGAAUCUAAAAGUCAUCGGUUUAAAUUUUUACGGUAGCACCUAAUUAUAAAAAUCAACCUAUGAGACCCUUAUAAAAACAAAAAAUACCGAAUUAGCAAUAUCAAGGUAAAUGUCAAGACUCAAUAGAUCAACUUCUCACCCUUACAAAACAAAAUAAAUUAACUUCUAACUAAAACUUAUUUGUAUCUCAUGACAACGCGAAUACCAUCGGGCUCCGCAACAUUAAACUAGAAUUAUUUGAAGAUAACAUAGGCCUUCCGAUGCUUAUGAAAGAGAUUGAUCUCAUCCACUUGAGGUGACACAUAAGUAUAGAACAAAUGCACUAAAGCUCAUUUCUUAUUAUUUAAUAUUCAUAAAAUUAAUUUAGUAUACUAUAAAUAAAAUCCUCAAUGAAAUAAUUUAUAUUUCAAAGGAAAGACAAAUUAGCCUCUGCUAGUUAAUAAUAACCCGGUCGAGAAACACUGCAGCGACAAUAUUAUUUGUAAUACCCUAGCCUGACUAGGCAUUACUUUUACCAAAUACCCUAAGUAAAUGGUUAACCAUAAA